AAAAGACAAACACGGAGAUGACUGAAGCUGUCGGACAUGAUGCCAGUAAACGAUCGUCACAAUAUCUCAAAUCGCAACGUUGUAUUCCAAUUUUUCGUUUGUUUUCAUCGUUCCACUCAUAUACACCGAUUGCAACGCGAAGCUGCACGGACUGGGCACUUUGACCUGUGUUGACCUCAUUACCCCUGACAGAACCAGAACGAGGCUGGAAGAAAAUCGAGAGAAGAAAUGUUGGGAAGAUUGGUCUGAUUAUUCCUGUUCAAAAUGCCACUUUUUGAGACAAUAGGACUGGGUGGGGAGAAGACAGCGGUUGUCAUCGAUAUAGGGACGUCAUACACAAAGCUAGGCUUUGCUGGAGAAUGUGGACCUCGUGCCAUCAUCCCCAGUGAGGUGAAACGACAGCAAACAGGAAAGGUUGUGAGACUAGAAGACUAUUACAACACAAACCAAGAUGAACUGUUUGCUGUGCUGGUUGAAUUUCUACAUCAAAUGUAUUUCAGAUACUUGCUGAUCAACCCCAAAGACCGACGGGUCCUUAUAGCCGAGUCAGUCCUGGUUCCUACCAACUUCCGUGACACUUUGGCUAAAGUCUUGUUCAGACAUUUUGAGGUUCCAUCAGUAAUGUUUGCUCCCUCCCAUAUGUUAACCUUGCUGACCCUAGGCAUCAACACGGCCCUGGUGAUGGAUGUGGGAUAUGCUGACACCCUUGUGCUCCCAAUCUAUGAGGGUGUGGCAGUGUUGGGAGCAUGGCAGAGCUUGCCCCUCGGAGGAAGAGCUAUUCACAAGAGACUAGAAUCCCUGCUGCUUGCAGAGUCAACAGUGGCCACAGAAGGAGGCACAGAGCUACCUCUAUCAUCAAUUGUAGGUACUGUGAAAGAAGAGAUUCUGGAGGACAUAAAAGUGAGGACAUGUUUUGUGUGCAGUAUGGAGAGAUCAAGGAAGGUCCAGGAUGCAGCCAUGGCUCAGCUGGGCCUUAUCGACCCCAGCCAAGCUGGACAGCCCCCCACACCACCACCAUCUGUAGAGUUCCCAUUGGAUGGAGCCAAAAUCCUCAAAAUCAAUGGAUCCAUCAGAGAGUCUGCCACAGAAGUACUGUUUGAGCAGGAUAAUGAACUACAGUCUGUUGCAACACUCAUUCUGGAUGCCAUCAUUAAGAGUCCCAUUGACACCAGGAAAGAGCUGGCAGAGAACCUGGUGGUUACAGGUGGUACUGCCCUGCUGCCAGGCUUCUUGCACCGUCUAAUGCAGGAGUUAAACUCCCUCAGACAGUCUCCGAAGUACAGCAGCAAACUAGCUUUUGGCUCCUUCAAGAUACACACCCCUCCUGCUCAACCCAACUGUGUCCCAUGGCUUGGUGGAGCCAUCUUUGCCGCAACCGAAGCCCUAGCAUCCCACUCCUUUACCAAGGACAUCCAAUAUGAAGGUCCCCACAUCCCUGACUGGUGUUCUCUUAACAACAAGGACUUCUUCACAGAGGGAGUGGUGGAGAAGACACCUGUCUCUCUGCCAACUUUAAGAAAAACUCUUGAGGCCAUCAAGAGUAGUACAGGGUUAGGGGCAAAGGGGGGCAAGGAAUCUGGGAAAGAGUCUGGCAAAGGGUCAGCAGCAACCACAGUGAAGCUGGAAACAAGUGGGGAAAGCACAACUUAGACAGUUGUUGUCACUGUUGAUGUGCUAUUACAUUUGUUAAUAUUCCAAUAUAUUUUGUAAGCUGUUACUGCUGGCAUGACCAGGUAUUGUGGCAGAAUUUUGGCAUGGAUGUGACAUGGCAGUAUUCUGAUGUAACCUUCUGUUCAGGCAACAUAGCCAGUGAGAGAAUAGCAUUUUGCUGGUUCCUUAAUGUUUUGCAUCUGUCUUAAGAUUAAGCAUGUGGUGAUGAAAGUAGGUAAAGAGAUGCCAAAGUAGUCUUUUUUUCUUCCUGUGAGUCCUAAAUAGAAAUCAUAACAUGUAAGAGCUUCAAAGGUUUAAUUUCCAGCAGCUGAGCAAGAAAUAUAAUGAGAAUGUAGGAGGGCAUGAACCUCUGGGUGCCAUAAUAUCAUCACAUGAAAAAAAACUUACAGAGGCCUUCUCAAGAUUGUUUUGAACAGCUGUGUCUGAAGUGUGUGUACCUCAUGUUGCAUUGGUACAAUCCUUUAUUUCUUACUUCUUUUUCUCUUGUGGUAGUACAAUGUAUUAUGGCAUCUGGUGGAAUUUUGAGAGUUGAUGUUACAUCUAUAAUACCGGUACUACAGCCUGGUUGAUGACAGUGUGAGCUUUCUUACUUAAGGCACAUGAAGUACCAUCAGAAUAAAAAGAACAUUGCCAUCUUCUUUUUCU